AUGAGUUCCAACGCUGCUGCUUCUUCUUCUACCUCCGCUGUUACUCCUUUCUCUCUCGCUCUUCCCUCUGUUAACAAAUACGUUGGUCUUUACAAGACCAAAUCGUUAGCAAUCUCUUCUUUAAGAAACAAAAUCGCCUCUUUAGGUGAUAAACCCGUGGGCUAUUAUAACUCACUUUCUCUUAAAAAUCUUCCUCCCGCUCUUGUUUCUACUGCUUACAAUGAAUUGUCGCAAGAAAUUCAUAAAGUCUUGGCUGAAAAGCACCGUGAUUUCCUUUCGGAAAAACUCACAACGCUUCUUAAGGAACAAGGGCAUAUUCGUGAAAACUAUGCCAAGCAAUUAGAUGAGAAGUUUAGUAAGAUGCAAGCUGAACUUCAAAUUAAUGUAAGUAGUGGUUCGUUGAAGACCGAACUCGCUACAACGUACUCAAAUUCUGCUAAAAGCAGAAUAGGGAGUACCUUACAGCAAUAUGAUGAAAAAAUAUUGCAACUUGACAUCGAGCAUUCUCUCGAUAUUGAGCCGGUAAGGAAAAUAGAUUCUAUUUCAUACAAUGAACCUAAUACUUCAUUUAUUGAAAACUACUUCACGAAAGAAUCUAAUGCUUCUAAUACUUCUAAUAUUUUUGAAGCCGCGAAAACGAAAAACACCAUCAAACGUCGACGAAGACGCCAUGGUAAUCGAUCCGCCCAAAAAGAAAAUCAAAAAAGGUCCGACGAAACAAAAGAAACCAAAAACGACAACCAAAAGGUAUUCGUUAAUAAUCUUUCUAAUGUUUCACUUCCACCUUUCGUUGAAAACACUCUUAGUCUAGGUGUUAAUUUUCAACUUUCUCGUCCUCUUUCUUUACAGAACUUCGACCAAAACUGGUCAAAAGUCGCAACGCAAUACCUCCAAAAAGCCAAGAAAAAUCACUCCAAAAAAGAACUCCAAAAAAUUGGCAUUUAUUUUUUAAUUGCGUUAGAUAGAAUUUUCAAUUUUCUUUUCUCAAAUGAUUUGGUUGUGGUUCCCGCAGAUAAGAAUCUUGGUUUAACAAUUUUAAACAAAGAUAAAUACUAUAAUUUAAUGCUUGAUUUAUUAAAUGAUAGUUCUAGCUGGGCUGAAAAACCAUGCUAUCAAAAUGGCAUUCAUGCUCAUUUUAUUCGUAUUUGCAACACUUUGCGACGUGAUUUAACUCCUGAAUUAAAGAAUCUUAUUCCUAGUUCAGAUACUCCAAUUCCGUCUAUAUAUGGAUUACCCAAAAUUCAUAAAAAAGAAUUGAGUUUAUGUCCUAUAGUUCCAAAUUAUACUUGGAUAACUUCUAAAUUAUCCAAAUGGUUAGAUUCACGAUGGCAAUGA